CCUCGUUCGCGCGCGGGGCUCUCCGCGUUCGCGUCAGUGCCAGCUCCGCGCCGCGCGGUGUCGUACUGUCGCGUGCGAGCGAGGAGCGACCGGGGACGAGCGAUGCCGCUGCUGCUGUGGGGCGCGCUGCUGUGGGGCGCGCUGCUGCGGGGCGCGCUGCUGGGGGGCGCGCUGCUGGGGGGCGACGCGCCGGAGGGCCCGGGCCCGCGCUGCGCGGCGCGACACAACCUGUCCUGCACCGCCAAGAGCUCCAGCGCCGACGACUACUUCUACCUUAUCAGAGGCAAACAGGUGAAGAUCACAUACAUAGAGUCGCAGUACUUCAAGCUGGCGUGCGAAGCGGGCGUGGCGCUGGGCGACCCCGCGCUGCCCGCGCUGCCCCGCGCCGCGCCGCUGGCCAGGGUGGUGCUGUUGGGCUGCGCGCCGCCGCCCGCCGGCUACGCGGCCGCGCUCGCCGCGCUCAACGUCAGCGUCGGCGCCGGCGGCGCGCUCGAGCUGCGCGAGCAGCCCGCGGCGCCCGCGCUGCGCGCCGCGCACCUGGCCGGCCUGCGCCUCGCCGAGCUGGAGCUGGCGCGCGGCGGCGGCCUGACGCGCCCGCCGGACGAGCCGCUGCGCCCGCACGCCGACGCGCUCACCGCGCUGCCCGCCUCGCUGCGCGUGCUGCGCCUGCGCCACGCCGCGCUGCAGCCCGACGCGCUGCGGGCGCUGCCGCCGGCGCUGGGCUGGCUGCUGCUGGAGAACGUGACGGGGCCCGCGCCGGCCGCGGCGCUGGUGCGGCUGCCGGCGCUGGAGCGGCUGACGCUGGCCGACGCCGCGCUGCGGCGGCUCGACCUGCGCGGCUCGGCGCUGCGCGACGUGUCGCUGACGGCGCCGCUGCGCGAGCUGCUGCUGGGCGCGCGCGUGGAGCGGCUGACGCUGCGCGGCGCGCUGGACGCCACGCUGCGCGGCGACUGCGCGGCGCUGCGCGAGGUGCAGCUGCAGAACGUGACGCGCGCGCUGCCGGCGCGCUGGCUGGCGCGGUGCGCGGGCGUGCGGCGCGUGGCGGUGCUGCGGUCGCCCGGCGCGCUGGGCGGCGAGGAGCUGGCGGGCGCGCGCGCGCUGCGCGAGCUGGACGCGUGCUGGUGCGGGCUGCGCGAGCUUCCGGCGCAGUGGCUGGCGGACGCGGCGCAGCUGCGCGCGCUCAACCUGUCGCACAACGCGCUGCGGCGGCUGCCGGCGCUGCCCGGCGCGCUGCAGGAGCUGCGCGCGACGCACAACCGGCUGGAGCCGGCGGCGCUGCAGCCGCUGGGCGCGCUGCCGGCGCUGCGCGCGCUGGUGCUGGACCACAACGCGCCGCUGCGCGACAUGUGCGGACGCAGCGGCGACCUCGACACCAACACGCUAUCGCCGCUGGACCGUGCGCACGGCCUGCGCCUGCUGAGCCUGCAGCGCUGCGGCCUGCGCGACGUGUGCCGCGACUGGCGCGCGCUGCGGCAGCUGGCCGAGCUGCGGCUGAGCGGCAACAACAUCAGCAGCCUCGGCGCCGACGACUUGCGCUGGGAGCGCGCGCAGCGCAGCUCCGUGGACCUGCGCCUCAACCCCGUGCGCGUCGACUUCUCGCACGCCGACUACCUCGCCGCGCUGAGCGUCGCGCCGCCCGCCGCCGCCGCCGCCGCCGCCACCGAGCUCCUGCUCGACACCGCGCAGCGCUGCGACUGCCACGACUACUGGUUCGCGCGCGUGCUGCGCGAGCGGCCGUGGGCCGUCGGCGCCACGCUCGAGCCGCUGUGCGCCGGGCCGGCCUCCGCCGCCGCGGGCGGGCACCGCGCGCUGCGCGACUUGCGGCUGCACGAGCUGGCGUGCGACGUGAGCCAGGACUGCCCCGCCGGCUGCCGCUGCCUGGAGUGGCCCACCGGCGCCGACCUGCUCUGCGAGCGCGCCGGGCUGGCCGCCGUGCCGCGCGCGCCGCGCCCCGGCCUGCGCGAGCUGCGGCUGGCCGGCAACGACGUCGCGGAGCUGCGCGCCGCCGACGUGCCCGCGUCGCUCGAGCGGCUCGACCUGAGCGACAACCGCCUGGCGCGCGUGGAGCCGGCGGCGGCGGCGCUGCUGUGGGACGCGCGCCCGCGCAGCGUGCUGCUCGCCGGCAACCCGCUCGACUGCUCGUGCGCCGCGCUGCCGCUGCUGCGCGCGCUGGCGGGCCGGCCGACGCGCGUGGAGGACCUGGCGCGCGCUCGCUGCGCGGAUGGGCGCCCGCUGGCGGAGGCGGCGGCGCGCGCGGCGGGCGCGUGCGGCGCGCCGCCGGCCUGGGCGCUGGCGCUGGGCGCGCUGGUGCCGGCGGCGGCGGCGGCGCUGGCGGCGGCGUGCCUGGUGCGGCCGGCGACGCGCCACCGCCUCAAGCGCUUCCUGUUCGAGCGCGGGCUGUGCCUGCGCUGGGCGCUGGGCGCGCGCGCGGCGGACGCGGACGCGCGGCCCUACGACGCGUUCGUGUCGUUCUCGCACCACGACCAGCGCUACGCCGACGAGCUGACGCGGCGGCUGGAGCGCGCGGGGCGGCGCCUGUGCCUGCACGAGCGCGACUGGCUGCCGGGCGAGUGGAUCCCGGCGCAGAUCGCGCGCUCGGUGCGCGAGGCGCGGCGCACGCUGGUGCUGCUGUCGGAGCACUUCCUGCGCUCCACGUGGGCGCGCGCCGAGCUGCGGGAGGCGUACGGCGCGGCGCUGGGCGAGCGGCACCCGCGCCUGCUGCUGGUGCUGCUGCCCGGGUUCGAGGCCGCGCGCGCCGCCGCCGCCGACCCCGCGCUGCGCGCCUACGUGGAGCGCGUCACGUACCUGAGCUGGGACGACGCGCACUUCUGGCGCAAGCUGACGCUGGCGCUGCCGGCCGGCGCGCGCCCCGCGCCCCUCGCGCCGCCCGCCGCGCCCCCGCCGCCGCCUUGACCGGCUCGCCCACGCUUCUGGCGCAAGUCGACGCCGGCGCCGCCGCCCGCCCCCGCAGCCCGCCCUGCUCUAGACAUCUCUAGACAUCUCUAGACAUCUCUAGAGCGUCACGAAUCUACUCGUACCUACCUUACCAAAUAACUAUGAUACUCCUGUACUAUUUUAAGUAAUUUUAAACGAAAUAAAGUUGUCAGCCUUUUAAAGAAAACGUGACACUUGAAGGGAUACAAUGGUAAACUGUAAAGGUCGCUGCUCGGCCAGUUCCUUACAUUUCGUGGCCUGACCAUGGGGUGCCACGACCGUAAAUGAUCUAGUGAUUUAUCGAUAGCUUGUAAUGUCGUGGCCUGACCAUGGGGUGCCACGACCGUAAAUGAUCUAGUGAUUUAUCGAUAGCUUGUAAUGUCGUGGCCUGACCAUGGGGUGCCACGACCGUAAAUGAUCUAGUGAUUUAUCGAUAGCUUGUAAUGUCGUGGCCUGACCAUGAGGUGCCACGAACGUAAAUGAUCUAGUGAUUUAUCGAUAGCUUGUAAUGUCGUGGCCUGACCAUGAGGUGCCACGAACGUAAAUGAUCUAGUGAUUUAUCGAUAGCUUGUAAUGUCGUGGCCUGACCAUGAGGUGCCACGAACGUAAAUGAUCUAGUGAUUUAUCGAUAGCUUGUAAUGUCGUGGCCUGACCAUGAGGUGCCACGAACGUAAAUGAUCUAGUGAUUUAUCGAUAGCUUGUAAUGUCGUGGCCUGACCAUGAGGUGCCACGAACGUAAAUGAUCUAGUGAUUUAUCGAUAGCUUGUAAUGUCGUGGCCUGACCAUGAGGUGCCACGAACGUAAAUGAUGUACUGUUUAAUAGAUAGCUUGUAAUGCAGUAAAGCAUGUGUGUGUACGUGUAUGUGUUUAAUUAUGCAAAAAAAAGUGAUAUGGAUAUAUAUAAAACUUAAUAGUAGAUUGUUAUA